GACAACACCAUAAAGAAUAUAUAAUACGGUAUUCAGCACGUGAUUAUAUUCAGCGAAUGGCACAAGUUCACGAAGUAUUGCUUACACGAACGCGUCUGUCUUUUCCGGCCAUUUGUAGAAUCGUCAGUUCACGCAGUAUUGUGUGUUAAAAACCAAAUAUAUAUAUAAUAGUAUAGUUUUUCUAAAAGUUUAAAGUUCUACAAGUUAUUGCAAUUUAUAAAUAAAUAUAUAAAAUAAUGGCAGAUAAAAUAAAUGAUAAAGAAUUAAACGGUGGUGAGGAUUUCUCAAAAGAUGUGACCGCCAACGAUGGCGAAAAUGGUGGACUUGCUGCCGGCACCACAAAUGGCUCAGGCAGCGAAUCUAAUGCUCGCGAUGAUGACAGAAAACUCUUUGUUGGCGGUUUGAGUUGGGAAACUUCAGAAAAGGAAUUGCGUGAUCAUUUUGGAAAAUAUGGAGAAAUUGAAAGCAUUAAUGUCAAAACUGACCCACAGACUGGUCGUUCACGAGGCUUCGCUUUCAUUGUUUUCACCAAUACAGAUUCUAUAGAUAAGGUUACAGCAGUAACUGAACAUAUAAUUAACAAUAAGAAGGUAGAUCCUAAAAAGGCUAAAGCUCGUCAAGGAAAGAUAUUUGUUGGUGGCUUAACAACAGAAAUCAGUGAUGAAGAAAUUAAAACAUAUUUUGGCCAAUAUGGCAAUAUUAUAGAGAUUGAAAUGCCAUUUGAUAAACAAAAGUCCCAGCGCAAAGGAUUCUGUUUUAUUACUUUUGAUUCAGAACAGGUUGUAAAUGAGUUGUUGAAAACUCCUAAACAAAAAAUCUCCGGCAAGGAAGUUGAUGUGAAACGCGCAACACCCAAACCAGAAAACCAAAUGGUCGCUAUGCGUGGACGUGGUGGCUUGCGUGGUGGUCGCGGCGGUUAUGGCCGUGGAGGAUACCCACAUCAAUGGCCUGGUCAAGGUGCCUAUCCUGCAUUCGGAAGUUAUGGUAGUGGUUACGAUGCUGGCUAUGGAGAUUACUAUGGCAGUGGUUAUUACAAUGGAUAUGAUUAUGGCUACGACUAUGGUUAUGGAGGCGGUUACGAUGCCUACGGUGGUAGUGGCUAUACAGGCGGUGGUGGCCGUGGUGCUGGUGGAGCACGUGGUGGCCCAAAAGGCGGUUAUGCAACCGGCAAGCAAAGAGGGACAGGACGUCAGCCACGACACCAACCUUAUUAACUUUUAUUAAAAUAUUUGCUUAUAUUAAAGUAUCUUACUUUAAUUUUUUAUAAUUAAUUUUCUACACAAAUAUACCGUUACUAUCAGCCAUCAUCAUUUCGUAAAUAUAUAAAAAAACUUAUAAUUUUUUAUAUAAAUUCAGACGUUUAUAUAAAACAGAAAUAAAACAAUUUUUUUUAUGGUCAUCCAUAAAUAAAUAUUAAGCAGUAGCCUUAUUCAUCAAUACAAUUGGUUUUGUAUGCAAAUACUUUUCAUUCCAAUUUAAAUUACAAACGAAGAAACGUACAGCGAUUUCUUUGUGUGCAUAUUUACCAAUCAACAAACCAAAUUUAUGGAAUUUAAAUUGCAAAAUACUAUAUAUAAUUUCAUUAUUUGCUAUUAAGUAACAAAAACAAUAA